UAAGAAUUGAUAAGGCUUUGAAUAACAUCAACAGCCACAAGUGAUGUUCUCGCUGCAAAUCAGACAUUAUAAAAAGAAUUUUUUAAGUUAAAAUAUUCGCAAAAUCGGUGUGUUUCGAUCGAUUAGUCGUACAUAGUAACACGUUACUUGUUUUUGCACGGAUAAUUCGGGACGUGGUAAAGCUCAUAUAUAUAAAUAAGUGGUGGGUCAGUUCAGUUAGCAAUUUAGCUUUUCGUAACCACAGUUUUGUGUAAUUAAAUUUGUAAUUUUUGUUGAACAGUUAAAGGUCACUUUAUCCCAAUUAUGAAUCAAAUUUUGUGUUAUUCGAAACAAAUGAAUUUGAACAAAGCGUAUUGUUUUCUAUUUCCCUGAUAUUGACCCCAGUGUCACCCAGUCUCAAUCAAUUUUGAUAAUGAAAUUAUUUUUUUGUGUUGUUUUUUUUUCGUACUAAUGAGAUAAUUGGGAUACUUAGUUGAGAAACAAUGGCAUAUGCUACCUAAUAAUAUUGAACUUGAAAUUAAAUUUGUUUUUUUUUUGUUUUUUUUUGUUUUUGAUUUUAUUGAAAUAAAAAGCUCACAUUUUGAUUGAUGAUCUUAACGUUUUGAAUUCAAUAUAGAUAUAAAUGUAAUUCAUUCAUGCACAUACCGUCAUUAUAAUACGUACAAUAAUCGAUAUAUACAAGUUAUUCUCGUAAACAAAGUCAUAAAAACGUAAACAUUUCGAUUUACAGAACAAAAAUUGCUAAUCGUUUAGUGGAAAUUCUCAAACAUUUUUAAGGCGAAUUCAACACUGCGCGGUCUGUAAUAUUUUUAUGAUUUUAAAAUCACAUUCAACGAAACGACAUUAUAGUUUUGUUAUGUUCAACUUGGUCAUCAGAAACCUAACAAUAACAACAACAUAAUGAAUACGAAUCGAAUAUCGCUGGUGUUCUUAAUGAUUGUGGUGAACUUUUGCGACGGAAUAUUUGAAUUUAACGGAGAUAUCCGCAGACAUGACAAUGAACUGAACAUUGAAAUUCUUCAUCAUAAACUUGUAAAUGCCAUAACAUUUGCCAAAGAAUCGAUGGUGAGAUUAAAACGCCUCGAGGACUCAAUAUCCAAUUCAAGAAUCAAUGUUACGGAUAAAAGUAUUUCAUUUGCUCAAUUAUUAGAGGGUUUGCCCAAUGAACGCAGCAAAGAGUACGAUCGGAUCGGUCAGAUAAUAUUGGAAGCCAGCAUCAAAAUAUUAAAUGCUCAUUGUACAAAGUGAAAAUGGUUACAAAGCACAUGACUGUGCUCGGAUGAUUGCUAAGAUUCCGUUGCCAGAAUCAGAUGUUUUAGGACAAUGCAAUAACAUAGCGGAAGACGAUAAUAUAACGAUGACCUCAAACGUAUACAGGCGCUUACUACCAGCAGCAUAUAAGGAUGGCCUGUACAAGAUGCCAUUACAUCGUCCACAGCCGAAAAAUAUAAGUGACGCACUGUUCAACUCAAUCACAUUGUCUAGUGACAUCGAUAAGACCAAAUACAGUGUCGACGGCAUUUUGGAUCCCAUUCACAACAUAGCCGUUGUGCAAUGGGCGCAGUUCAUCGAACAUGAUCUGGUGAAAACUGUCGUCCGUACGAUGAGUAAUGAUUGCCCGAUCGAGUGUUGUGAACGGGAUAUGUCCUCGGCACCGCCACGCUACACACAUCCGUCCUGUUCACCGCUGAAAGUGGCUGGUAAUUUUGGAAAGUAUAUAACGUGUUUAAGCUACGUACGCAGUGCCAUCGGUGUGCAUCCAAAUUGUCAUUUCGGAGCAGCCAAUCAGAUCAAUCAAGCAACAAAUAAUUUCGAUUUAUCGCAAUUGUAUGGCAUAAACGAUGAGGUAACGCGUACCUUAAGACGAUUUGUAAAUGGUGAACUGUUGGCAUCCAAUGAUCCAGAUUAUCCAUGUUUGCCCACGAGUGAUGAUUCCGAAAAACUGUGCAUGCAUAACAGUGAUGGGAAGGCAUGCUUUAAAUCAGGAGACACCCGAGUCAAUGUGAAUCCAUACGUAACACCAUUGUACACGAUAUUUCUACGUUCUCAUAACCGGCUAGCUAAGAAAAUAAGGGCGGCAAAAAGAUCAUGGAACGAUCAACGUGUUUUCACAUUAGCCCGCAAACUGAAUACUGUCAUCUAUCGAAACAUUGUCUUGAACGAAUGGUCGAAAAUUGUACUGGGCGAAAAGAACGUCGAACAAAUGAUUGACGAAAUAUCGUCGACAUCACACAUUGCUGAUCACACUGAUCCACUGUCCAAUGGCAUUAGUAACGAGUUCGCGACGGCCGGAAUUCGAUUUUACUAUUCAAUGAUGCCGGGAGAGUGUACGCUGAAAAGGAACAUUGAUCACGAUUCAAUGUCAGACGAAAAUAACAUUAUUGCCAAGAUUAGAUUUGAAAACGAAAUAAUGGAAAUAAAGAACGAAUACUACAAACCGCGUAGUUUGGGAACCAACAACGAAUUAGACGUAAUUAUGGACGCAAUAUUAACCCAAAAUUCCAUGGCAAUGGAUUCAGCCUAUGUCGAUGAUGUCACCAGGUACAUGUAUCGAUUCCAAUAUUCUCAACACAGUGAGGUGGGCACAGAUGUUUUGGCGUUGGAUCUGCUCCGCGGAAGGGAUCAUGGAUUGGCGGAUUAUAAAAGUUACUUGCAAGGGUGCACUAAUGUUGCUAUUAAUACCUGGGACGACUUGAAACCGUACAUAACAGAAAUGAACUUUAAUCGACUAAAAUCAUUAUAUACCUCUGUCGAUACAAUUGAUUUGAUAGUUGGUGCCAUAUCAGAGAAACCAUUAAGAGACGCUAUCGUUGGACCUACGUUUGCAUGCAUCAUCGGUGAACAACUAAAGACGACCCUACGAUCUGAGCCAGAAAUUACAAUAUCGAACCGAUUCGCGAAGGACUUUACCGCAAACUAUGAUGCAGCCCGCUUGAUGUGUGAAACGACAAAACUGGUCACGGUGCCAAAAAAUAUUUUCAAACUUCCAUCCAAAACGAACACCUUGGUGGAUUGCUCAAUCUAUCGCAACAUCAUGCAUUAAUUAUGUGGAAAUAUUUUUGCUGCUAUGCUGCUAAUAAGAUUUAUUUAAGAAAACUUUUUUUUUGUUAUUUUCUCGAAUAAAAUUAAUUUAAAUUACAAAAAUA